AUGCAGACACCUCCCAAUCUGCUCCCGCUGACACCUCCCAGACUGCUCCCGCUGACACCUCCCAGUCUGCACAUGCAGACACCUCCCAAUCUGCACAUACAGACACCUCCCAGACUGCUCCCGCAGACACCUCCCAGUCUGCACAUGCAGACACCUCCCAAUCUGCUCCCGCUGACACCUCCCACACCUCCCAAUCUGCACAUACAGACACCUCCCAAUCUGCUCCCGCUGACACCUCCCAAUCUGCACAUGCUGACACCUCCCAAUCUACACAUGCUGACACCUCCCAAUCUGCACAUGCAGACACCUCCCAAUCUGCUCCCGCUGACACCUCCCUAUCUGCUCCCGCAGACACCUCUUAAUCUGCACAUACAGACAUUACCCAGUCUGCACAUGCAGACACCUCCCAAUCUGCACAUGCAGACACCUCCCAAUCUGCUUCCGCUGACACCUCCCAGUCUGCACAUGCAGACACCUCCCAAUCUGCACAUGCAGACGGCUCCCAAUCUGCACAUACAGACAUUACCCAGUCUGCACAUGCAGACACCUCCCAAUCUGCACAUGCAGACAUUACCCAGUCUGCACAUGCAGACACCUCCCAAUCUGCACAUGCAGACGGCUCCCAAUCUGCACAUGCAGACACCUCUCAAUCUGCUCCUGCUGACAUGUCCCAGUCUGUUCCUGCUGAUACCUCCCAAUAUGCACAUACCGACAUCUCAGUCUCCACCUAGCUGA